AUGACGACUGUCCUGAUCGUGAUCCUGAGCUUUGUGCUGUAUUUGGUCGCGUACCACACCUACGGCAGGUACCUAGCGCGACGGGUGUUCCGGAUCGAUCCCGAUGCGCAGACUCCGGCGUGCAUGAUCGAUGACGGCGUGGACUUUGUGCCCUCGAAGCGGUCGCUGGUGUUUGGGCAUCACUUCACUUCGAUCGCGGGGACUGGACCGAUCGUGGGUCCAGCGAUCGCGGUGGUCUGGGGUUGGGUGCCGGCGCUGGUGUGGGUGCUUGUCGGAUCGAUCAUGAUGGGGGCGGUGCAUGACUUCGGAUCGCUGGUGAUCUCGAUGAGGCAUCGCGGCCGCACGAUCGCGGAUCUCUCGGGAUCGGUGGUCAAUCCGCGCGUGCGGAUGCUCUUUAUGAUCGUGGUGGUGAUCGGGUUGUGGAUCGUGCUCGCGAUCUUUGGGUUGGUGAUCGCGACGAUCUUCAAGCUGUAUCCGACGAGCGUGAUCCCGGUGUUUGCGCAGAUCCCGAUCGCGAUUGGUCUGGGGUUCUGGCUGCGGCGUGGCGGCUCGAUGCUAAUAGGUUCGCUUGUCGCGGUGGGGCUGAUGUACGCGACGAUCUGGUGGAGUUCUGGACUCGAAAUCGAGGGGAAGCACGGGAUCUUCUAUCCAGUCAUGCUGGAUUAUUUGUCGGAGAUUGGGUGGUGGACGCUGAUCCUGAUGAUCUAUGUCUUCAUCGCGUCGGUGCUCCCUGUGCAUGUGCUGCUGCAGCCGCGGGACUUUAUCAACUCCUGGCAGCUGAUUAUCGCGAUGGGGUUGCUGGUGCUGGGGGUGCUGGUCGCUCGUCCACCGAUUGUUGCGGACGCGGUUCGAAUGGUGCCAGAGGUUUCGGUCAAUGGCAAUCCGGCUCCUCCGAUGCUGCCGUUCUUGUUUAUUACGAUCGCGUGCGGCGCGGUGAGUGGGUUUCACUGUCUCGUGUCGUCGGGGUGUUCGUCGAGGCAGCUCAAGACGGAGGGGGAUGCGCAGUACGUGGGGUUUGGCGCGAUGCUCACGGAGGGGUUCCUUGCAACGCUGGUGAUUGUCGCGUGCAUCGCGGGGAUCGGGAUGGGGACACUCGAUGGCGAGGCGGCUUGGCUUCGGUACUACCAGCAGUGGGGAGGGGAUGCGGGACUGGGCGCGAAGUUGACGCCGUUUAUUCAGGGGUCGGCAAACAUGAUCGGUUCGAUCGGUAUUUCAGAGCACUUCGCGAUCACGCUGAUGGGUGUGUUCGUCGCAAGCUUCGCGGCGACGACACUCGAUAGCGCGACACGAUUGCAGCGGUAUGUGAUCGCUGAGCUUGCUGUGGGUCAUGAAUCAACACACAAAGCCGGACCGAUUCGCUCAUUGAUUGCGAAUCGGUAUGGUGCAACGACUGUUGCCGUGGUUUCUGGAUUCUUGCUUGCGAUCUCGGAUGCGCCUGUGAGGGGGCUUGAGAAUGCUGGGCUCGGCGGGCUCACACUCUGGCCGAUCUUCGGCGCGACGAAUCAGCUGCUCGCGGCGUUGGCGCUGUUGGUAGUGACGGUCUGGCUGGUCAAGUCCAAGAAGCCGGCGUGGGUGAGUGCGGUCCCGAUGGUGUUCAUGCUCGGGAUCACGAGCUACGCGAUCGUGCUGCUUGCGAAGGGGUUUGCGGAUUCGAGCAAUGCGCUGCUGCUUGGGAUCUCGGUGCUGAUGCUGGUGCUGGAGAUCUGGAUCGUCAUCGAGGCGGCUGGUUUGGUGUUCUCGAAGAAGGCUGAGGAAAAAGUAUCUGAGUGA